UACCAGUGUGUUCAGGAUCUGGAGUGGAUGAAGAUGAAAAAUAUAUGAAAAUUGGUUUAUAUUUUGGAAAUAAGUAUAAAGACUAUUAUGGAUCAAGAUCAGCUAGUGCACCGUUGGAUCACUUCUGUCAAACGUUUAUUGGAGAUUCAACUGAAGAUGCGAAGCAGUUUCUUAAGAAUUUAUUGAUAGCCACUCGUCACAACUAGUUAAUACAAGAACUAAGAAGAGUGUCAUCAUCAUGUCCCUCAAUAUAAUUUAUUAUAUUAUAACAUUAUAUAAUACGAUAACACAGAUAUUUAUAUUAUGAUAAACAUCUGUGGUCUUUUAUGCUUAUGUCCUUUACUCCUUCUAUACAAGUACCGUUAUAAUCUGUGCUCGGUUGAUACCCUUCGACCACCGACCAGAUUCAUACAGAGUCAGUCCCUCUGCGUUCGCCCUUGAUGGCAGUCAUGCAUAAUAGGCUAUGUUAAUAUAUGUUCAUUACAAUAUUUUGUAUUUUAAAUAAUAAAUAUAUUCUUUUAAGUAUUUCAAAUAUAUAAGUUGUGUUCUUGAUUAAAAAAAAUAAAUCAAAAGUGGUUCAA